AUGGUCAGUAAACCUGAUAAUGCUGAAUCGGUCACUGAUAAGAAACGCCGCAAGACGAGCAGCUCAAACGCCGCCGAUAAUAGCUCGACGAGUGUUAAAGUUUCGAAGGAAGAUGUUUACAUGAACACAAUCGCCUUUGAAGAGCAGGAAGCUAGCAAACGAUCGCCAGUGAAAGAUGCCGCUCUGUUCCAUGCGACGUGCGACGAACUGCGUACAUUAUUCGCGGACAUAGCAAAGUUAAAAGCCGAUAGUACAGAAGACUCCAAGGUGAAAAUAGCCGAUAAACGAAUCGAAGGAUCGCUAGCAUUUGUGUUGUUGAAAAAACUGAACCGACUCGAUAAGGUGCGCAUUCGCGAGGGUCGUGAUGCGUUGCACAAAGAGAAACUACGCGUCGAUAGCAACCGGUUGCAGUUGCAGAAUUUGCUGUACGAAGCGGAGCAUUUGAAGCGGGAAGUACAGCGCUGCUACAUGUUCAAGAGCCAAGACGAGGAGAUCGAGUUAGUGCCGGAGGAAGAGUUUUACGAACAGGCCCCGGAAUCGGUGUCCCGGCCUGGUAGUACGAAAACCGACGAGCAUGCGCGACGCAUUGCUAGACUGGAAUGGGAGCUUCAGCAGAGAAAAGAGUUGGAUGCGCAUCUAAAGGAACUCCUAACUUUGAAGCAAGCGAUUGAAAAAGAUAUUGUUGCCAAAACUGAGCGUCUAGAGUCGUUAGGGCCACGGUUAAGAGAUCUGCUCAUUGCAACGAGGCCACUGCAAGAAGCCCUCGAAAUGCCUAUUGAGAAGGGCUGGAAGAUACGGCAAACGGUUCGUCUGCUGCCACAACCGUUGUAUCUGCUCUAUGCCAAUGUGACUGCAUAUGGAGAGGCCAGCGAUAAUCUUCUUGCCACAUCCAUACAAGGCGAUGAAGAAGAAGCACGGCAAAUGGCGGCCGCGGUAAACUCGUACGAAUUGGAGGCCCACUGCGCAAGGGAUUCUAGUAAUAAUUCCCGCGAUCGUGCCGAUUCGGACAAUGAUGAAAACGAACAUGAAACCGAAAGGGGUAUGAAAAAACGACAUCAUCGAGGACACAUGAAACCCAACCUGGAUGAGCAGCGGCGUGAAAAACUGUUCAAGCCGCAUCCCCUUAGCGUGACGAUAACCAUCCGCGCCAAGGAUUGUCCUCGGGAGCUGUGUGCCGAACGGCAACCCGGACCCGGCCUUUCGCUGACAUUCUCCUACUUGCCCAACAUGCAAGUGAUUACGGUUAACAUUGCGCUGGUAGACUUGCAUUCGUCAGGCGCUGCCGCUGGUGACGUUCUCUCGACCGAAACCGUACUGAAUGAAUUGUGUCGUGGCGAUAAGGGUGAAGAUUGUCCCAAUCCCAAGGUAAAAUAUCAGCUGCAAGAUCUGUCCAUCGAAAUCGGUCAAUUGCCACGCUUGCUAAGGGAAAAGAACUUGGGCAAACCGUUCCUAUGGUCACAGCAGCUGUGUGGACUGGAUCACACAUCGACCGCGUAUACUUGCGUGCUAAGCCGAGAUCUCGCGAAUGAGCAUGCCGAGGUGACAGAUAAGCUGCACGAAACGAUCCCAUCGAUCAUUCGCUCUGUCCGUGGUCGCUGGGAGGCAAGGUUGAAGCUGUACAAACAAAUUCACGAUCUGGAGAGCAAAAUGAUCGACACAUCGAUCAACGACGAACGUGGCCAUCCGAUACGCAUAUCUAGCACGGUACUGCAGUGGAGUUCCAUCUCUUUCGAGGACUACGUCUCGUCCGGGGUAGCAAAGAUGUUCCUAGCAGACGGUAUGGCCACUGCCAGUGACCUAUACUUUCGAGCGAUAGUCAUACGUGGUUCGGCUAAGCUGGAGUGCUACAUAUGCGUACCUUGUCGUUAUCCGGACAGCUCGCCUUUGUGGUCCUUCUCAUUAAACUGGAACGGAAAGCAUACGUCGUCGUGCAACAGUUCAGUAAGGGAAAUGGAAUACUGGUGCAACAGUCUAUCGGCAGUGGACCACUCGUUUGACGUUUUGCCGAAACAGUUGAAGCGAGCGAUGUCAUGUUUAGAUAUCUAUCUGGAAACUGAAGGACCCUACUACACACCGGCCGAGUUUACACAGGACAAAAGCUUUCUUAAGCCGUUUCGCGGACGUACAAGAGCACAGCCAUUCCGCAUUGCACCGAACGGAAGCAGUUCCUUGUUUACUCAAAUCUAA